AUGCGAGCCCGAGCAGAAGCCAAAGCGGCUGCAGAUGCGGCCGAGAAGCGAGCCAGACGGGCUGAGAAAGCCAGGCUUGUGGAGUGGUUUCAUGGGGCGGCGCUGCUUGAAGUCUGUUUGUUCUAUUGGCAGCAUCAACUCUGCGAUAAAUUCUCUUAUCGACGAUCGGUGCGAGCAAGAGUGGCAGCCCAACGCUGCAACUUGGAAGACAGCGAACCCUCUGAUAUGCUCGCGUCAAUCCUGCCAAGACUGGCGGAGGAACACGCUGCCAAGCUGCGCGCCGACUUCGCCGUGGUGGACGCCUUGCUCAAGGAUGGUGUGCAGGAAAAUUACAGCGAAUGGAUUGAGACUAUUGGAAGGUUUGGAGAUCCGCCGCAGCACGUCUUUCUGCAGCACAUGGGCAGGAUGGUCCAGACCAACCUCCGCCAGAUCAUGGAUCCGGGAUGUGCGGAGGCGCUCACCACCGCUCUUUUGGAAAAAGCGCAGAGGAAGGACAGCUGGAUUUUCAGCAAUGGUUUCUCAGUUACUCCGGCAAAGCGGACUGGACCGCGAGCUCGGCGGCAGCGGCUUCUGGAGACAGCUGAAGAUGGGCCACGACGGAGUGCUGCCCUGGAUUCUGAUCUGGGUCGGCAGCUUCGGCCGACAAAGCUGAAGGCCACGCGCAAAGGAGCAGGCGAGUCUCCUGCAGGGCCAUCUGGGAGUGCCGCCACCAUAGCAUCUGCCCCGUCAGAGAUCUCGGCUCCCUCGCCUCCGUCAACAGAGGGAGAGAACAAGCGGGGCCAGGAAUGGGAGACCGGCAAGGGAGCGGACAAGUUCCGGAGGUCGGAGCAGGUGCAAGGAGGGGGAUCUGGCUCUGGUUGGGGCUCCAAAAAGCAGAACGACUGGUGGAAGAACGCCAAGAAAGACUUCGAGGAGAAGGCCAAAGCGGAGAAGGAUGUGGAGGAGAUCAAGAACCUCUGCGUGAGCCUCUCCAGGUUGGUCUUACGCCACGACGACCAACAAGCAAUAGAUCGGACGGAGAAAGGCUUCAUCAUGUUUUGCCAGACGUCCCGCAUGUUGUCGGUGAUACCGGACCUCGUCCGAACCAUCGAGGCGUGGACCAAGAUGAAGGAGGAGAACCCGACGGGCCUUACUUUGCCACGGAGGUCUGCCAUGCUGAAACAGCUGCUGGACCUGUGGUAUGUUCGCUUGGAAGUGGUUGCGGAGACGGAAGAGAGCCUCCGGCAGGCCAGGACAAUGUUGAUCCUGGACCAGGCCGGCCGCAUCCCGUAUCUUCAGUACAACAGGCAGACGGAGCAGCUGGAGAUCAAGACGGACCGCGACCCCAUGGAGCUCAAGGCGGCCCUGGAGUGCAUCAAGGAGCUCCAGGAUCUGGUGCUCCUUCCGUUUACCACCCUCCACUUUCACGCGGCGAGGUGGGAGUUCGCGCCCCCGAAGCAGACCGCGCCUGGAAUUUAUUGGCGAGGCUUUGCCACAGCGGAGCAGGCCGAGCAGUGGCAAGCAGGGACGACGGCCUCUGAGAGCCUGCUGGGGCCCAGCUUGCGAAUGAUUGUAGGCGAUGCUGACGUGACUGCCAACCUGAACACCUUCUUUAUUUUCGCGAUUAUCACCGAAAUCGCCCUUUUGAUCUUGCCGAUCAUUCUGUCAUACCUAGAAAUUGCGAAGGAAUAUGCAAAGAUGCAGAAGGACUCCGACAGCGAAGAUGGUCAGGAUGUGAAGCCCUACAGCUUCCUGCAGUGGGAGGCUAAGAAGUUCCCUUAUGAGUUCGGCUCUUGGGGCGGGGACAAGGUCAAUGAUUUCCUUGACAUGGCGAUCAACUACUCCGUCGUAGCCUGCUGGGGUGUGAUUUAUCCCCCCAUGGCCGCCAUCGCGGCAAUCGCUUUGUUUAUCCUCCUGCGGCUACGCAUCUACCGGAGUCUGUAUGUCACCCGGAGGCCCUUGCCCAGGGCCAGUGCUGGCCUAGGAAUUUGGAGGACCAUUUUCCAGUGCAUCAAUGUCACGGCAGUCGCCUGCAAUGUCGGCUUGGCUGCCCUGUUCUUCUAUCCAAUGCGUACGAGGGGGUUUGGCCACCAGCUGAUGUUCUUCUUAAUUUUCGAGCAUGCGAUCCUCAUCCUCCAGGCCACUGUGAAGUUCCUCAUUUCGGACUCCCCGGUGGAUGUCACCAACAUCGGACACUACAACGAGUAUGUUAAGAAGACGAUGAAAAAGAAGAUGGCGAAUGACAUCUAUCCUGCGCAAACUUCCUUGCGUCAUGUCGAUGUAUCGCUUAACCCGGACAACAUCGAAAGUGAGGCGGACAGCGACUCCUCCUGA